GCUCACGCACGCGCAGUGGCGUGCACGCCCGCAGUCGUGUCCCUCUAUUCCAGUGUUGCUGGGAGCGACAAGCUGACCCCGCGGUCCAACAUGUCCCAGCUACCAGCAGACAGCAAUGCCCCGCUGAAUGUCACCACGAAUGACGACAGAGACCUCCCGCAGGCGGAGGUAGGCGGCGGGAGACGGGCGCCGGGCCCGGUGCAGCCGGACCAGGUCAGGGCAGGCCGGGCAGCGGCGGCCUGCGAAGGUCCGGCUCGCAUAGCAGAGGUUGCCCGGUUGUUAGGGGAGCCGUUGGAGGAAGAGGGUCCUGAGGGCAGGCCCCGGUCCAGGCCUGGGAACGGCCCCGGCCUGGCUGCUCUGCCUUAUCUCCGCCUCCGUCACCCUCUUAGUGUCUUGGGAAUUAAUUACCAGCAGUUCCUCCGCCACUAUCUGGAAAAUUACCCCAUCGCUCCGGGCAGAAUUCAGGAGCUUGAAGAACGCCGCAGGCGAUUUGUGGAAGCCUGCAGAGCUAGGGAAGCAGCGUUUGAUGCCGAAUAUCAACGGAAUCCCCAGAGGAUGGAUUUUGACAUCUUAACAUUCACUAUAGCUCUGACUGCAUCUGAAGUGAUCAAUCCUCUGAUAGAAGAACUUGGUUGUGAUAAGUUUAUCAAUAGAGACUAGUUAAGGGAUGAAAGUACGAGAGAACCACCGUAUUCAAGACAGUCAAUAUCAAUCCUGUCACUUGAAUUUAAAAAGUCAAAGUACAUUGAGAAUAAGGCAGUGCGCAGCUGGGGAAAUAAAAGGGAAGCAUGAAAAAACAUCUGAAAAAAUGUUUAAAUGUUGAAAGCAAUUUAAGACUCCUCUUAACGUUCUUUGAGUGUGUAAUUGAUCCAGAUUCUUUUCAGUAUGUGGAAAACAUGUCACAACAUUACUUUAUUUAAAAGAAAAAGAUGGCUUUAUAAAACUGAGACUUGAUGAAGAAAGAUCGUCAGGAGAGCCCAUGACAAUAGAAUAAUCAAAUAGCAAGAAAAAUAAGGAGUUACAGAAGAGUUAUUAAUAUGGGAAGGCUAUGUGUAGAAAGAACUUGAAACUGUGCUCUCUUCAUGGCAUAUUCAACAGACAUUUUUAGUGUAAGAUUGAUUUUGCGUUUUCUGAAACAUUUCAAAUGUCAAGCAAAGUAUUAUUGUAUAUUACAAGAUAAAUCAAAAAAGCCAGAUUCCUGGACUUUUUUCUUUCAUUCAAAUUUUAAUUUUUAUUUAAAGUUUUUUAGGUACAUAAUGUAUUCACAACCCCCCCCCAGUUUAAAUUAUACAAUGAAAAAUCUUCCAUCUUUGUCCUAACACAGCACCUAUCAGUAUUCCUCAUCUGUUCUAGUUUCCUUAUGUAUAUACAAGCUAAUAUAGAUCUGGGUUUUUUUAUUUUUCUUUUCCUAGCAAAAGUUACUGGUUUAUACUUGCAUUUUGGUUAAGAACAUAUCCUGAAGAUCCUUCCAAAUCACUGUAUUUCCUUAUUCUUGUUUAGAGCUGCAUUUUAUUCCAUUUUUGUGGUUACAUUGUAAUUACUAAGCAGAUAUAUAUUGAUGGACAUUAUGUUGUUUCCCAUAAUUUCCUAUUGGCAAAAAAGAACCAAAAAAAUGCUGUAGUAGUUCACCUUGUAUGCAUAUCACAUGGCAUGUGUGUAAAUACAGUAUUCCUUCAAUUCUAAAUGCAUUUUUCAUAUGUUAACUCUGGUCUCGGUCCAUCUUACAUUUG